GCGGAAAUCAGGGGAGGAAGUUGUAGGGUUCCGAAAGAAGCAUCGCCACCAGCCGGGAUGAAUAUUCUUCCCAAGAAGUCGUGGCACGUGCGGAACAAGGACAAUGUGGCCCGGGUGCGACGGGAUGAAGCGGAGGCCGAAGCGCAGCGGCGGAAGAGGGAAGCCAGAGUGCUACUUGCGGAACAAGAGGCCCGGACUGAAUUCCUGCGCAAGAAAACACGCCUGUCAGGCCCAGGAGGUGGCGACAGCAGCUCGGACCUCGUCCCUUUAGCCUCGGAAGAUCCCUUGCGGCAUCUCAACCUCUUCCAAGAGUCGCAAGAGAGCGGCAACAAAGAAUAUGCGGAGGAGAAGAGGCAAGAGAAAGAGCGGCAGGAAAAAGCGCUGGGCAUCCUCACUUACUUGGGUCAGAGCGCAGCAGAGGCCCAGACAAGUCGUCCCUGGUACCAGGAGCUGCCGGAUCGCAGCAAGGCUAUGGCCAAGGAUGAGAAGCUGAAAGGGAAGCUGGACCCCCUGGCUGAGAUGGAAAGGCAUCUGCGGAAGAAGAAAGGCUCCCACAAGAAAGAAAAAGGGGAGGCGAGGCCAAAAGGAAGCAGAGGAAAGGUGGCAGCAAGGCCUACACCUUCAUCUGCAUCCUCCUCUUUGCAGAAGCUGCGGCAGGAGCGGUUGCACCGGGAGCAGGCAGAGCGAGCCCGCGCGGAAGCUCUUCUGGCCCAGAGAGCAGGAACCUUCGUGCCCAGAGAGGAAGAGGAAGUGGAUGAAAGGAAACGGGGCUACAAUUCCCAGUUCCACCCCCAGUUGGCGAGGAAGAGGGUCCGGGAGCCACAGUGAGAAGGCCUGUCGGUGUGAUGGUAUCAAACGCAGCCCUCGGACACAAGCGACAAUGAUGGGGGGGGGGGGCGUGUGCACACACAUUAUCCCCUCCUCUUCCGUUUUGGGGCAUCAAAGAGUGGAAAGGAACUGGAGAUUUUAUUGUUUAGUACAUCAUACUCUUGCAUGGACAGCCCGAUGUGAUCUGCAGCAAUCAGAUUAUGGGUGAGGAAGUUCUGCUGUCAGGUGAUCUGCAAUCCACACACACUCACCUUAUCGCUACUGUUCUCUGGAGCAGGGCUGAUUCUCCAAGGGCUUGAUGAAAUUGUCUUUUCUGCAGCCUACCCAGGACUGCAAAAAUGAACGCCCAGUACUUGGGAGGUUGUGUCCUAGAGGGCUGAUGAUGGUAGGUUUCAUUCUGUCUGUCUGCCUGUUGUCUCCAUUCUUCAUAAGCCUUCUUCGAGGAAGUUAGUAUAAUUAAACAAAAUGACUAGCAGUUUUCGUUGUGCAGUAUAUGGAUGUUUCUUUGAAUUUGGUUAUCCAAAUGAGGGGCACAGAACAAUUGGUGCCUGGUUUCCAUGUGUCUUCAGAGGAAAUAGUAUCACCAACAGGCAUAUAUGAAGUAGAGGCAGUUUACAGCUCCUCUCAGCUGCAAGGGCAGGGUUAAGACGAGGAAUAGAAUGGUAUGCCAGUAGUCAAAAGCAUUCACACAUGAUACUUUCUAUAUGAAGAUGGCAAAUACAUGGCAGACCUCCACGCAAGACAGAGGGAUCAGAUACCAGAGUUGGGAAAGGAACACCCAUUCGUCAUGCCUUCUGUAGCCAUUUGACACAAUCGGUUGCCACUAGGGGAGGGAGGGAACAAGGCCAACCAUUUGCCACCCUCGCUGCUGGCAUGAUUGCAUGCUUGCCUUUGCAGAGGACCUUUCUGAACAUACACAAGGGUAUUUAUUGUUUUACUCUGUACAGCACCAUGUACAUUGAUGGUGCUAUAUAAAUAAAAUAAUAAUAAUAUGAGAAGGG